AUGAAAACUAUUGUAAUCUUUGUCUUCCUCUUCAUGGCGUGUGUCAAUGCUAAACCAUAUAUGGGAUACGGCAUAGGGAGUGGUGUGGGUAUGGGCUAUGGAAGCGGUUUAGGCUAUGGAGGCGGUUUGGGCUAUGGCAGCGGGAUGGGAUACGGCAGCGGAAUGGGAUACGGUAGCGGAUUGGGAUACGGCAGCGGGCUAGGUUACGGUAUCGGGUCCGGAAUAGGAUACGGCGAUGGAUUCCUUUCAAAUAUGUGGAUAUAA